AUGGAAGACCACACACUGCCCUGGAACGAUACACAUACUAUCAAUUUGGAGCAUUCCUAUUGCUACUGUGGCCAAGACAGAAAUCUCUUAGAAAUAGCUCUGCAAUGUCGCUAUUGCCGAAACUGGUUCCAUGCUGAAUGCACAUCCGUGAGUAAUCCACCCGAUCUGCUCUUUACGACCAACUAUGUCUUCGUCUGUCACCAUUGUGGAGAUAACCAUGUGGAGAGCUUUGAACGAACGACGGCUGGAUGGAAGGAUAUUUGCUCAACGACAAUAGCCAACCUGAUACUUGAGGAGAUCUUAUAUCGCGUCGGCACUGAGGAUCGAGACUUGUUUGAAAGCAAGAAUGCAGCGUUGAUGUUUGAAUGGAAUCCAGAGCAAUAUUACUUCAACAAAAAAGAGAUUAUACCCUUUGUCGACAAACAUUGGAAGAGCAUUUGUACGGAGCGGGCAAGGACAACCACUUGGUGGGCGACAUUGGGAAGUUGUCUCUAUUCAUCCAAAGAUACAUUUGUGGCCCGUGAUGAACGUCAACGAUCAGCAGCAUCAGACUUUUGCCUGGCAGAUGCAAAUCUAUGGCAUAUAAGACCCAGCAUACCUCAGUCAAACGUCAAGGCUCCUCCAUCAGCACCACGUGUCCCUAAGGAAAAGAGGAAAUCAGAAUCAAUGUCAUCAACAUCGACACCAGCUGCAGCAGAUGCACGACCCAUCAUGCCACGUACUGAUAUUCAACGUCGCUCAACUACACCCACCACAACACCAUCCCCUCGAGGUGGAUCACCUUUACUUCCAACCAAUGCUCUUGCUUCUGGAUUUCCAUCAUCUUCGGCAGUCACCGAUCAUCCUUUCAAUCGCUUCGGAUUCAAAUACAUCCCAUGCAAGCAAUCAUUGCUUCCUCUCGUAGCAUACCAGCAAAGUGACAACGACCAAGGAUGCACAAUCAGUAUUACCGACAAAAGCCCUUAUGUCUCGGUGGCGAAAGAUGGCUUGACAGUGGCAACAGAGAAAGGAUUUCGGAUGUGUCGUGCAAAUGUUGGCGUGAAAGAAGGCAAUUGGUAUUGGGAAGCUGUUAUCCAGAAUGCACAGGGUAGCAACAAUGCGGAUGGUCCUCAUGUGCGUAUUGGAUGGGCUAGGCGUGAAGCUUGCUUAAAUGCACCUGUUGGAUAUGAUGCUUAUGGCUAUGGAUACCGAGAUCGAACAGGGGAAAAGCUGUUUUGCUCACGACCACAAAAGUUUGGCGAGCCAUUUGAGACGGGAGAUGUCAUUGGUUUAUACAUUCGAUUACCACCUCGUAAACCAGAGACAUUCAAAAGUGCAUCAAGGAAACGGAUCCCAAUCGCAUACAAGGAGCAUUUAUGGUUUGAAGAGAAGGAUUAUCGAGCAAGCAAAGAAAUGGAGGCCCUUGCAGAUCCAUACAACAAAGAGAGCGAGAUUGAUUAUCAGCCAAAGACCAUCCCUGGUUCAUCCAUAACAGUAUACAAGAAUGGCGUUUGCCAAGGUGUCAUGUUUACGGAUUUGAUCGACUAUGAGGAUUUCGGAAGAUUACCCGAGACGGUGCUCAACAACAAGCGAACCAAGAAACGGCGAAAGCAAAGAAAAACCACAGAAGAGGGUCCACCAGUGAGGAUGGAGGAAGAAGACGGAUUUGAUGGGGUCAAACAUCAGCAGUGGAACGAUGAUCCACCUAUUGAGGAUGAUGGAACACUUGGCUACUAUCCCGCAGUCAGUGUGUACAAGGGUGGCAUGGUCACAUGUAACUUCGGGCCUGAUUUUCAAUACGCACCCAACGUGGAUGAGGAAUGGAAACCAAUGAGCCAACGCUAUGAUGAAUAUAUGGCUGAAGAGAGUGUUUGGGAUUUGGUAGAUGAGGUUUCAAAGUGUUUUAGGCGCAGCAAUAAUGUGUAUCAAUAA